AUGAAUUGUGUUUUGUUUUUUUUUUCUUUCCUAGCAACAACAGUAGUUAUAGAUACCAUAUUUUGGAAACGUUUGUUAUGGCCAGAAGGAGAAGUACUUUGGUACAACACAGUAUUGAAUAAAAGCUCCAACUGGGGAACAUCACCAUUUUUGUGGUACUUCUAUUCAGCCCUGCCUCGUGCUCUGGGUUGCAGCAUUAUAUUCAUACCUUUUGGUGCCAUAGACAAGAGAACUCGUGUAUUACUCCUGCCAACAGUUGGAUUUAUUUUCUUAUACUCAUUCCUUCCCCACAAGGAGCUCCGGUUUAUUAUUUAUACAUUCCCAGUCUUAAAUAUCGUUGUUGCCAGAGGAUGUUCAUACCUGCUGAACAAUUAUGAAAAAUCAAAGUUCUAUAAAAUUGGAUCCCUCUUUGUAGUAGCACACUUACUGGUCAAUUCUAUCUACACUGGAGCAUCCUUGUAUGUUUCUUACUAUAAUUACCCUGGUGGACAAGCGUUUCUCAAGUUACAUGAAAUUGUGCCUUCAACAACAGAUGUUUCAAUCCAUAUUGAUGCAACUGCUGCACAGACUGGAGUUUCUCGGUUUCUGGAGUUCAACUCAAACUGGAGGUAUGAUAAGAGAGAAGACUUAAAACCAGGAGACCAAAGGAUGGCAUUGUAUACACACAUCUUAAUGGAAAUGGAUCCAGUGAAUCUAGAUUAUUACAGAAACACGCACAGAAUUUUGACCAAUGUUUCGUGUUUUAGUGGUCUUCGGUUUGACACAAAAGUGCUACCUCCUGUUCAAAUAGCACUGAAAACAAAGAUAGUGUUGCUGGAAAAAAAAUUAAAUCUGAAUUAUGAUGAUAAUUUUUCAGCAUUAUGAUCUUUUUUUUUUUUUUUUAAUAUUACAAAUUACAAAAACUGCUGUUGGUGACAUUAUUCUAUUUAAAUAAAAAAUAUUUUUUUCCUAAAUGAAA